GUGGCGUGACGAUUAUCGUUUCACAUCGAAAGUCGCGUUGUCAUCGAAGUUAGGCUUACGAAGGUGAACGUUUUGUUGGAAAAUGAAGAUAACGUCGGCUGGAGGGAUUAUUUCUCUUUUGGAGGAUAAUCGGAAAGAAAUUCAUGUAUUUGCUUUGAGAAAGUUGAACAAUAUCGUUGACGAAUUUUGGGCAGAAAUUUCGGAAGCGAUAGGUAAGAUUGAAGUUCUAUAUGAAAGCGAGGACUUUAGUGAUCGUCAGUUAGCGGCUUUGGUAGCUUCCAAAGUCUAUUAUCAUCUAGGAUCGUACGAAGAUUCUCUUACCUAUGCUUUGGGCGCAGGAGAUCUCUUUGAUGUUAAUCAGCAAUCCGAGUAUGUGGAAACCAUCAUUUCAAAAUGCAUUGACUGCUACAUUAGACUUCAGGUUGAAGCUGAAAAUAAUGGAAAAAACGCAAGUGUCGAUCCUCGUUUAGAAGCGAUUGUCAAUCGUAUGUUUCAGAGAUGUUUUGAUGACGGGCAAUACAGACAAGCCGUUGGAAUUGCCCUGGAAACGAGAAGAAUGGAUAUUUUCAAAAAAGCUAUAUUGAAUUCUAAUGACGUAUCCAAUAUGUUAACUUAUAGUUUUAGAGUCGCUAUGUCUUUUGUGCAGAAUCGUCAGUUUCGAAAUACCGUCCUUCAAUGUCUUGCUGAUCUUUACAGUGAUUUGGAAACCCCCGAUUAUGUUAAUAUGUGUCAAUGUCUCAUAUUUUUGGAUGAUGCCAGAAGAGUUGCAGAGAUUUUAGAAAAAUUAUGUGAAGGUAAUGAAGAUAGCAUUUUGAUGGCUUGUCAAAUAGCAUUUGAUUUAUACGAAAGUGCCACUCAACAGUUUCUCAGUAGAGUUCGUAAAGCUCUGCAGGCAACGGUACCAUUGGCUAGUACUACUGCAACUGAUGCUAGCAAUAAUACCAAAGCAGAAAAUGAUAGUAUGGAAGUUGAAAGUGCUCCUCCUGUAGCUCCGCCACCUCCGAAAGAAUUGAAUGAAGAUGAACUAAAAUUAAAAGAACGAAUUGAAAAGUUGUCUACCAUUCUCAGUGGUGAAAUGACGAUUACCCUUCAUUUACAGUUUUUAAUUCGAAAUAAUCAUACCGAUUUGCUUAUUCUGAAACAAACAAAAGAUGCCGUCAGAAAUUCUGUAUGUCAUACUGCUACAGUAAUUGCAAAUUCUUUUAUGCAUUGUGGAACAACUAGUGAUCAGUUUCUUAGAGAUAAUUUAGAGUGGCUUGCUAGAGCAACUAACUGGGCAAAAUUCACUGCUACUGCCAGUUUAGGGGUAAUUCAUAAAGGUCACGAGAAAGAAGCGCUUCAUUUAAUGUCGUCAUAUUUGCCAAGAGAUUCCGGACCUGGAGGUGGAUAUACGGAAGGUGGUGGACUUUAUGCCUUAGGACUUAUUCAUGCUAAUCAUGGAGGAACAAUAAUUGAUUACCUGUUAACUCAACUACGGGAAGCAUCAAAUGAAGUAAGACAUGGAGGGUGCCUUGGACUUGGAUUAGCUGCAAUAGGUACACACAGAGAAGAUGUUUACGAGCAGUUGAAAUUAAAUAUGUUUCAAGAUGAUGCAGUUACUGGAGAAGCAGCUGGAAUAGCUAUGGGAUUGGUUAUGUUAGGUUCAAAGUCUACAACUGCCAUAUCUGAUAUGGUAAGUUAUGCUCAAGAUACACAGCAUGAAAAAAUAUUAAGAGGCUUAUCUGUUGGAAUUGCUUUAACUAUGUAUGGACGCUUAGAAGAAGCAGAUAAAUUAAUAGACAGUCUUUGUCUUGAUAAAGAUCCACUUUUACGAAGGUCUGGAAUGCAUACUAUUGCCAUGGCUUACUGUGGAACGGGCAAUAAUCAAGCUAUACGUCGAUUAUUACAUGUUGCUGUUAGUGAUGUAAAUGAUGACGUUAGAAGAGCAGCAGUGGAAGCUUUAGGUUUUAUUCUUUUUAGAACACCAGAACAAUGUCCUAGUGUUGUUUCAUUACUCUCAGAAAGCUAUAAUCCUCAUGUCAGAUAUGGUGCUGCAAUGGCUUUGGGUAUUUCAUGUGCAGGAUCUGGAAAUAAGGAUGCUAUAGCAUUACUUGAACCAAUGACAAAUGAUCCUGUUAACUAUGUAAGACAAGGAGCUUUAAUAGCAUCAUCAUUAAUUCUUAUACAACAAACAGAAGUUACCUGUCCCAAAGUUAAAGACUUUCGUCAACUUUACAGUAAAGUCAUUAAUGAUAAACAUGAUGACGUGAUGGCAAAAUUUGGUGCUAUUUUAGCUCAAGGUAUAAUAGAUGGAGGUGGUCGUAAUGUAACAAUUUCACUCCAGUCAAGAACCGGACAUACUAAUAUGGCAGCUGUAGUUGGCAUGUUGGUAUUCACACAAUAUUGGUAUUGGUUUCCUUUGGCACAUUUUAUUUCUCUUGCUUUUACACCUACUUGCAUAAUUGGAUUAAAUGCCGAUUUGAAAAUGCCUAAAAUGGAGUUUAAAUCAAAUGCCAAACCUUCAACCUAUGGAUAUCCAGCUCCAUUAGAAGAAAAGAAAGAACGAGAACGAGAAAAAGUAACAACUGCCGUCUUGUCAAUUACAGCAAAAGCAAAAAAGAAAGAAGCAGAAAAAAAAGAAAAGGAAGAAAAAAUGGAUGUUGAUGAGGAAAAACAAGAAGAAUCAAAAGAGAAAAAGGAAGAACCAAAAGAAAGCAAAGAUAGUAAGAAAGAAAAAUCUACUAAAGACGACGAACCAGAAAAAAGAGAACCAGAACCUAAUUUUGAAAUGUUAUCGAAUCCAGCAAGAGUUAUGAAACAACAGUUAAAAGUUAUACAAAUGGUAGAAGGAUCAAAAUAUACUCCUUUAAAGGACAUUACAAUUGGUGGAAUUAUAAUGAUGAGUAAUUCAAAGAAAACAGAACAAGAAGAACUUGUUGAACCAGUCGUAGCCGGUGGUCCAAAAUUAGAAGAUGAAGAAGAACCAGAUCCACCCGAACCAUUUGAAUACAGUGAAGAUUAAUAAUAAUUUUUGUAAACAUUCAAUUUUUGUUUUUUGAUUCUGUUAACAAUUGUUCAUAUAUGAUGAUAAAAAAUAUGAACUUUAUCGGUUCUUUAAAAUAAUGCAUCUCUUAUUUAA